CCGCCAAGCCCCGCCCCCGUCCGGCCCGCGUGGUUCGAGCUCCGCAGGCUGCCCAGCCAUGGAUGGGCUGCCCGCCGACGUGCGAGCCUUCCUGCGCGAGCACCCGAGCCUGCGGUUGGAGCCGGGCGCCUGCAAGGUGAGGUGCGCUCUGACCGGCCACGAGCUGCCCUGCCGCCUGCCCGAGCUCCGGGUCUACACCAGCGGCAGGAAGUACCGGCGGCUGGCACGCGCCUGCCCCGCCUUCGACUACGCGGCGUUCGAGCCGCACAUCGUGCCCAGCACCAAGAACCCGUCCCAGUUGUUUUGCAAACUCACCCUGCGGCACAUCAACAAGUCCCCAGAGCACGUGCUGAGGCACACGCGGGGCUGGCGCUACCAGAAAGCUCUGCACAACUAUGAGCAGUGUCAGAGGCAGGGCGUGGAGUAUGUGCCCGCCUGCCUCCUGCCCCGGAAGAGGAGGAGGAGGGACGACCGGGUGGACAGCGACGGGCCGCCCCGCCCGGGAGCAGCCUUCUGGGAGCCCGAGUCCAGCGACGGCGAGGGCGCGGCCCCGAGCGGCAGCGAGGACAGCAUGACGGACCUGUACCCGCCGGAGCUGUUCCCCAGAAAGCAGCUCGGGGCGGCUGAGCGCGGGGAGGACACGGACGGCGCCCUGGCAGGCGAGGACCAGAGGCCACGGCACCCGGCCGAAAAGCGCCCGGACCGAGGGGAGGCGGGCGCGCACCGGGCACCGGCCCCCAAACGCCGGAAGCACAAGCAGCAGCCGCCGCCGCCGGCCUCACCGCGGAGGCUGGAAAGCCGUCGCCGCGGACCGAGGCGCUUCAGCUCUUUCAAGCAGUCAGGUUAACGAGGGGCCGCUGGGGAAGCGUCUCCUGGCUUCUCUGGAGUCGGCGCAUCUCCCGUGUUCCCGUGUUCCUCUUCCAGGGCCCCCUCAGGGCCUCUGCACUGUGGAGGGUCCCCAGGCUUUUUCCAUCCACUUGUUGGUGGCCCUGAGCGCAGGGGACAAAUCCCACUCUGGGUGUGGCCUGAGGCUCCUCCCCACGGCACCUGGGGAGCCGGAGCCAGGCCUGCCCACCCGGACAGCACCCAAGGGUUACACUGCAUACAACAAAUGCCAUUAUUUAUUUUGUUUCCAAAAAUCAAAAUGUUUUCAAACACAACUAAGGUAUAAAAUACAGCAUAAAA